AUGGCUAUAUUCUCAUCAUUAAGUGGGUUUUUCAAUAGAAACAAGAGAAGGAUCUUGAUCACUAGUGCUGUUUCCGUAUCUGUAUACUUGUUAAUCAAUGAGUUUGUUAUCAAAAAGUUUAGAAAUUAUCAACAAUCUUUAAGACAAGAGUUAUUAUUUAAACAACAGAUUAAGCAACGGUUUAUCCAAACCCAACAGGAUUGUUAUUAUACCAUUUUAGCAUUAUUACCCGUAUUAGCUACACCAAUAAUUGAUGCUUUGCCGGUUGAAUUAAUUACACAAGCGUUACGAUUGAAAAAGAGCGGCGGGUCCAAGAGCAGCACUACUAAUGAAAAUAACGAAUUGACGACAGAUAACUUGAAUCUUUUGGAUAAUAAUAAUGAUCCAGAACUGAAAUUAUCCAUUUAUAUGAACAAGAGUAAGAUUGAGUUGUGGAACUUGUUGAAAAUCAAGUCCAUCACGAGAAUAUUGACUUUAAUGUACACAAUGUCAGGUUUAUUGUUAAUAACAAGGUUGCAAUUGAACAUUUUGGCCAGAAGAUCAUACUUGGAAAGUGCCAUACAAAUGGCCGGGGUCAAAUCUAUUAACCACGAAAUUGAUCCACACGAAAAUUACAUCAUCGAACAAAGUUACCUUUCAUUGAGUUGGUGGCUAUUGAACAAAGGUUGGAUGAACUUAAAUUCGAUCAUUGAAGCAUUGGUUAUUGCCAAAUUUGAAAAGAUUACUCCAAAAUCUGAGUUGUCUGUUGAAAGUUUUGAACAAAGUUUACUUGACAUUAUAAAUGAAAUCAACACAAACAACAAGGAAUAUAUUUUAGCCAAUUUGUUCCCAAUUAACUAUUCAGAUUUGUUAGAAACCUUGUUGAACACAAACCCUGAUUUGGUUAACCAAUUGGACUCUGCUGAUUCUAAUUUGAUUAAAUUGAUUAAUGAAACUAACUCCAUAAUGUUGAAUAAUGAUUUAUACUUUUUUGAUUUGUUAAAUUCAUUGAUUUUGACUAAUUUAAAUACUUUGACAACUAAUUUAUCAUUCAGUUUAAGUGGAGGAAACUUGGGAAAUAGUUUGAUGUCGACAACUGGGAACUUACAAGAGUCAAGAGUCACAGAACUUCCAAAUAAAGCAUUCAAGUUGGCAAGUUUCUUAGCUCAACUUUCUGUGCAAACCAACAUUAUGAUUGAUAAUGAUAAUAUUAAGAAUGAGGCAACACUGCCAAGAUAUGACACUGAUCUUGAAGAGAUCCUCAAUAGUUUAAAUGCUGGUGAAGACUUGUCGAGUAAUCAACCCCAACAGGAAUCAGGAGGUAAUAUAUACAUUAACAACAUGAAUGAAUUAGAGGAGUUAGAUGAUUUUAGUGCAGGUAUAUACUCGAAUUUUGAAUAG